CUCUCCCUCCUUCCAGGUGAGAGUGGGCUAAAGUAACUUUGAACCCACACAGGGAUGGAGAGUUGCUGAAGCAGUGGCUGAUUUUAAGCUUAGCAUGUGACUCCCUGAUGCCACUCCUGGGAAACAAUGAACUGGGGAAGGAACGGUUAAUAAGAAACUGCGUUGCUCACCACGCACACAACAAAGGGCUGGCGCUCCUCAGGAAAAGGGCUGGUGCUGCUGCUGUUCAAACUUGUCCGUCCGCUCGUGCCAGCAGCCCGGCGUCUGCCUGCUCGGCACACUCUCCUUACACGUGUCUGCCUGGCCUGAUCCGAGCAUCUGCUCAGAGGCGCUCCUGACAAGCCAGGAAUUUUUCCUUUCUCCCUGGUGCGAAGAGCUGACUUCUCCCGGUGUCUCUUCUGUCACCCUCUCCCCAAAGAGGCACCUUGAUUUAUGGUAGUUUCGGAGUUUCUUCAGCGCCUGCCAGUCCUUGACUUCUAGAAUGGAAGAAGCGGAGCUGGUGAGGGGACGACUCCAGGCCAUCACAGAUAAAAGAAAAAUACAAGAAGAAAUCUCACAGAAGCGUCUGAAAAUAGAAGAAGAAAAAUUAAAACACCAGCAUUUGAAGAAAAAAACCUUGAGGGAGAAAUGGCUCUUCGAUGGGAUCAGCAGCGGGAAGGAUCAGGAAGAGAUCAAGAAGCAGAGCCAACAAGACCAGCACCAGAUCGAGGUUCUAGAACAAAGUAUCCUCAGGCUUGAGAAAGAGAUUCAAGACCUUGAAAAAGCUGAACUGCAAAUCUCAACUAAUGAAGAGGCAAUUUUAAAGAAAUUAAAAUCAAUCGAGAGGACUACAGAAGACAUAAUAAGAUCUGUGAAGGUGGAAAAGGAAGACAAUCCAGAAGAGUCAAUUCAGGACAUCUAUGCUAAUAUCCCUGACCUUCCAAAAUCCUACAUACCUUCCAGAUUAAGAAAAGAUAGAAAUGAAGGAAUAGAAGAUGAUGAUCAAAACAGAAAAGCGUUGUAUGCCAUGGAAAUCAAAGUUGAAAAAGACUUGAAGACUGGAGAGAGUACAGUUCUGUCUUCAAUACCCCUGCCAUCAGAUGACUUUAAAGGCGCAGGAAUAAAAGUGUAUGACGACGGGCAGAAGUCAGUCUAUGCAGUGAGCUCCAACCACAGCACAGCCUACAACGGCACCGAUGGUCUCGCACCGGUGGAGGUGGAGGAACUCUUGAGACAGGCCUCGGAGAGAAAUUCUAAAUCACCCACAGAGUAUCAUGAGCCUGUAUACGCCAAUCCGUUUUGCAGGCCUACAACCCCUCAGAGAGAAAAGGUAACCUCCGGGCCAAACUUUCAAGAAAGGACAAAGACGAAAGCUAACGGGCUGGGGGGCCAUGCAAGUGACAAUGGGCUUUGUGAGGCACAGGGCAAUGGCCUUGGCCACAUGAGCCCCAUUCGGCCAACACCGCAUCCACGAUCAGUGGCUCCACCUGCAGAAGAGAUGGCCCACAGCCCACAGAAGAGGAUGGUAACUCCUUGGGAAGAGUACCACCUCGCCCAGAGCCCAGAGGAGGCCUCUCCGAGGGCCAGAAUGAGCCCCAACAGAGCGACCCCUGGGAGGUCAGCAGCCCCGAGGUCUUCCUCACCCACAUUGCAGGACGAGGAGGAAGAUGUCAGAUAUAGCAUCGUUCAUUCCCUUCCUUCUGACAUGAGCAACAUGGAGCCUGUAACGAUGAUCUUCAUGGGGUAUCAGCAAGCAGAUGAUAAUGAAGAAGAGAAAAAGCUUUUGCCAGGGUAUGACGGCGUCAUCCAUGCCGAGCUGGUGAUGAUCGAGGACGAGGCGGAGGAAGAGGCUGAGAAACCAUCCUUCCAUCCCACAGCGCCUUGCAGCCAGGUUUACCAGCCCGCCAAACCGAUCCCGCUUCCAAGAAAGAGGGAGGAAGUGAGUCCGCAUGAAAACACAAAUCAUACAUCUCCACACAAAAAUCCCACGUCUCUGAAAGAGCAGGAGAAAAACUUAGGCAGCACGGCCCAUGCCCGUCGAUCUCCCCUGAGCGCCCCCGUGACUGGCGAUGGCACGGAGGACCCGUCGCUAACAGGGUUUUCAACGUAGUGACCAGUACUCCACCAAGAAAAGCAACUCCUUCCUUCUACCUGAUUCUGACAUUAUUUCAGCUUGUCUCAUUGUACUCAAUAGGACUCCAGUACAAUGUGGAGUGCACCUGUUUAGAACAGACAUCUGGGCUAGGGAAAUGGUUCAGUGGAUAGAGUAUUAUACUCUGAGUACCUGAGUUUGGACCCCAGACAUCCUUUGCCUUGCUCCAUAGGAGCGCACGAGUUGUAAAAUUUUCAUGGAUUCUCACUACAACAUGAAGUUCCCUUUCCUACUUUGCUGAAUGUGUUUUGAAUUUUAUCAAGUGCUUUCUCUGCAACCACUGAA